AUGCGGGCAGGCCUCAUAGGUAUCGCAGCCGCCGCAGUCGCAGUGCUAAUCAUGCGGUUGCGGCGGCGGCGCUGCAGCAGCCAGCCGCCAGCUCCCUCCCUUCAGGACUUGGACGACGAGAUGGCGAUCGUGAUGAUGCGCCACUUGAUCUCGCGCGGACUGGCCAAACAGCGGCAGGCCCCACCCCUCUCCCACGUGGACCUGCGAGGGAUCGUCGCCACCCUCGCGCCCGCGUACGAGCGCGCGCGCCUCAUCCGCGGCACGCUCGACAUGCUCGGCAUGCACGAUGUCCCCGUCGGAGUCGGAUCGGACGGUGAGGUCGCGCCGCCAGCCCCGAAGCAGCAGCGGGUUGCAGCACCCCCGCGUCCCGUCGGCGCGUGGUUGACGGUCGUCAUCAUGGGCGGCUGCAAGCCAGGCGAGUGGCUGGACGGCCCUCGCCUCGGCGCGCCACCGCCGCCCGACGGAGGUCAGGGCAGCGCCUUCUUCGCCACGGUGAGCAGCAACUGCGAGGGGUCGGCCUGGUACUGCCGAGGAGGAGGAAGGCGGGCGGCGGCGGUGGACGAGGCCGAGGGGGCGCUGCACAUGAUGGAGCCCGACUCGGCGGCCAACAAUGCGUUCGACAUGGCGGCGGCCAGGUUCCUCUACCGGCGUUGCCAGGAGCUCGGCGUGCGGCUGGUCGUGCUCACUCGCUACGCCGCCUACGCGGCCAAGGCGACACCCCCGCUCCCUGCCCGCCCCGCUCCCUGCCCGUGCCGAGGUCGCGACGAGGAGUCGGCUCCGAGCGGCUGCCCGCCGCAGGUGGACCGCUCAAUCUACGACGAGAUCGCGAGCGCGGGCUCCUGCAUCGGCUGGCGGCUGCGCAACGAGCAGCGCACCAAGCUCGAGCUACUCUGGGCACGCGCGAACGCCACCGACGACGAGGGCAGGCAGGGGCUGCCGGCGCGCUGCACGCGGGAGUGGUUCCUCGCGCAGUUUUGCGACGCAAAGGGGGCGCGGCGCGGCGCGGCGCGCAAGGCGGACGACGCGAUCUGGGACUUGGUCGACGGCUUCUUCCAGUACGACACGGUCGCGCUGCUCGCGUCGAUCCCUGCGUUCCGCCGGCGCUUCUUCCGCCCGGUGUCGGAGAACGGCGUCGUCGAGCCGCCCGCCCUCGUGCAGGAGAUGCGAGGCGGCUUCGCAGACGGGAUCGCCUGCCAGAUGCGAUCGCUCCGCCUCUCCCUCUCGCGAGUGACGCACGUGAUCCUGCUGACGCGGCCGCGCUCGGACCACGCGCUGAUCGACCUCAAGCUCUGCUGCGCCAUGCUGCGCUCUCUGUGGGGCCUCGGCGUGAUGGCGUGCAACGGCAUCCUCGUCGAGGUAACCACCGCGACGGAGGCGGCAGCGGUCCACGGCUUCGCCUCGCGACUGCGCCAGAUCCUCUCUGCGCUCGGACUGUCGCAUGUGCCCGUCCGGCCGGUCGACGCCGCCGCGGGCCGUUCGCCGCGCGGUUUCUCGCGCUCUCGCUCCUCCUCGACGCCGCUGCGGUCGGAGCGGUGGCGGAUGCUAGCCGCGACAGCGCGCGGCGUGGCGACGUCGGCGUCGCUCGACGCGGCUCUACCGGCGCGUGGGGCGGGCGACGGCGGCAGCGCGGCGGCGCCCGAGGCGGCCGAGGAGGAGUCGCUCGAGCCGGUGGGGAAGGUGCUGCUCCGGCUGUACCACACCGCCCCUCCGGCGGGCAUCACUCUCGUCUCCGUCGCGUCGCUCGCGUCGGUGGCCCAGUUCGCCGAGCGGCACACCACUCUCUUCCGCGAGCGGACCUCGCGCAUCGUGCACAUGGCCGACACCACGGGCCGCGGCGCCGGCGCCGGCGUCGUGUCGGCGCGCCACGCGCGCCUCGUCCUCCUCGCGGAGGCGGCGGCGUCGCAGGCGGCGGCGCGCGCGAACGCCGAGCUGGCGGCGGCGGAGAGUCAGAGCGUGCAUGGGAGCCACACCGCGCAGGCACGCCGUCGCUCCUCCUCCCCUUCCGCAGCGGCGCAGCUGGCCACUUUUGCGCCCGACGUGUCCGCCAUCACCGGCACGUACCUGACUGGCCGCAGCCCGCGGGAGGGGCCUUCCCUGACCCUUCCCGGCAGCCUCCCUAUAGGCUCGUCGCCGAGCUCGCCGCAUCACGAGCGACUCGCCAGCCCGCCGCCGCAGCGGUCGAUACUGCGGUCCGCCUCGGCGCCGUCCUUGUUGCGUCCCGACGCCAUCACAUCGCACGUGAUCCCGCCCAGCUACUCCGCCGCCGGCCGGCCGCCGGCGCAGCUGCCGCCCAGCGACGCGGCCGCCACCGCCGAGCACCACCCGCACUACAGGAGGGUGGAGUGGGCGCCCGGCACGGCGGGCGUGCACGACGACAUAGACGCGGCGGAGGCGGCGAGCGCGAGGCGCGUGUAUGAGUUGGCGCAGUCCUUCUCAGUCCCUCUGGUCGCGCUCUCGUCGCGCCUCGGGCUGAGCUGCCGCGCCGACUUCGGCGGCGCGGUGGGCGUCGCUCUGCGAGACGAGCAGCGCUUGGCGAUGGACGAGCUCUGGGCGAUCGUGCAGCUGCCUGCCGACGACGCGCGGCGCGGCGGGCUUCCCGGCCGGUACGAUGAGCGGUGGUUUCGGCGCACUCAUUGCGACCCCGAGCCGGACCCGGCGCCGCGCGUCGCGCCAAAGUCGCACCGGUCGGUCAAACGCCGCUCGAUGGGGCUCGCGCGCGCGACGACGACGCCGCUCGAGGCGGGCGGCUCGUCGCGGCACGAGGAGGGGGCGGGCGAGUUUGAGUACUCGUGGGACCAGGCCCGCUGGCUGACGCUGCACGCGCCGCUGGCGCUGCUCGCCGCGCACCCGGUGGCGCUCGAGCGCCUCUUCCCCGCCUGCCCCGUCCGGGUCCGCUCCGCGGUGCACCACCUCGUCGGCGUCGCCCCCGCCGAGCUCCGCAGCAACGAGGCCCUCUCUCGCGAGCUCGUGCUGCGGCAGUGCCUCUGCCAGUGUCUCUUCUCGGGCUGCCGGCAGAGCGCGUCCCAGUUCGACCUCGGACUGCCCAGCGCCCUCCCGCUCGGGCACGGCGCCGCGUGGGCCUUUGAGGAGCAGGACGACACCCUCCGCGAGGUCCUCUUCGGCCAGCCCGACGAGCCGGCCGCCGGGGGGGGCGGAGCCACCCCGCCGCAGGGCGGCGGCAGCAGCAGCGGCGCGUCGAUCCUCGGCGACGCCGCCUCCGCCCGCCCGUCGAGAGACAGCGCCGAGGUGCCGAGGACGCUGGACGCGGCGCUGCAGGCGGCGCGCGAGGACUCGCGGCAUCGAGCCGGCCCCUCCACGCUGCCUCGCGCCGAGCGACGAAGGAGCUGA